AUGAGCUACCACGAAGACCAGAGCCAACAAUGUAAAAUAAUCCCUGGAUCUAUGCCUUUGACGAUGCUGGAGAAAAAGGGAAAUAUCACCUUGGGCGGGCUCUUCUCCCUUCAUGACAUGGUGGCGGAGCCCAGUCUUUCCUUUAACUCGACACCUCCUCCCUUACAGUGCACCAGAUUUAACUUUCGAACUUUCCGUUGGAUGCAAACUAUGAUCUUUGCCAUCGAGGAGAUCAACAGAGUUGGCACGCUGCUUCCCAACAUCACAGUGGGCUAUAAGAUCUAUGAUUCAUGCAGCACACCACAUCAAGCACUGAAGGCUGUCAUGGAGCUAAUGGGGCAUGAGCAGGGUGCAGGAGAUGAAGCACAUAGCAGAGGCACCUGUCAUGAGACUGUACCAGUAGUGCUAGGGGAUGGAGGCUCUACUCAGUCUAUCGCAGUGGCCCAUUUCCUGGGAGUCUUCCAUGUGCCACAGGUUAGUUAUUUCUCCAGCUGUGCCUGUCUCAGUGACAAAAAGGAAUUUCCUUCCUUUUUAAGGACCAUGCCCAGUGACCUCUUCCAGGUAGAUGCACUAGUACAACUUGUUAAGCAUUUUGGCUGGACUUGGGUGGGUGUGAUUGCAGGGGAUGAUGCUUAUGGCCGUGGUGGAGCAAACAUCUUUGCCGAUGAGAUUAGAAAGUUAGGUGCUUGUGUUGCCCUCCAUGAGAUCAUCCCUAAAACCCAAACACAGAGCACCAUUUCAUCUAUUGUUUUCAAGAUUCGCUCCUCUGGGGCGCGGGUGAUUCUAGUGUUUGCUGUGGAGCAAGAUGCGGCAGCACUGUUUGAUGAAGCACUUAGAGAGGGGCUCACUGGGGUACAGUGGUUGGCCAGUGAGGCCUGGAGCACGGCUGCCGUCCUCUCCACCCCUAAAAAGUACCACCACAUCCUCAAGGGUUCUAUGGGAUUUGCCAUUCAAAGGGUGUACAUUCCUGGAUUGCGAGACUUUCUGCUUCGCUUGCAUCCUUUGAGCCCUGAUGCCCGUGGAGAUCCCUUCCUGAUACCCUUCUGGGAAGAGUUAUUUCAAUGCAGCCUGGGUUUGCAGGCUAAAAGUCAGGAGCAUAAUGUCGAGGGUAGACCUCCUUGCUCUGGAGCAGAAGAGCUGGGGAGGGUGUUGAACAUCUAUUCAGAUGUAUCACAACUAAGGAUUUCCUACAAUGUCUAUAAGGCUGUGUAUGCAAUUGUUCAUGCACUCAAGGCAAUGAGAAGCUGUGUGAAAGACAAAGGGCCAUUUCCUCAGCAGGCCUGUCCAGAUGGAGACACUAUACAGCCAUGGCAGCUACUUCAUUACAUAAAACAGGUGAACUACUUGAACUCAUUUGGUGAUGAAGUAAAGUUUGAUGAAAAUGGUGACCCUGGAGUGAUAUAUGAGCUGGUUAACUGGCAGCUGAAACCAAAUGGAGAAAUGGAAUUUGUCACUAUUGGCAAAUUUGAUGAGACGGUCACAGCCAGAAAGCAAAAGCUCCACAUCCAGGAACAAGGCAUUGUAUGGAAUGGCAACCAAACCAAAGCUCCCUUGUCAGUAUGCAGCAGCAUUUGUCCCCCAGGCACGCGGAAGGCAGUCAGACCUAACGUCCCUGUCUGCUGCCAUGAUUGUGUGGUUUGUACAGCUGGGGAGAUUAGCAAUCAGACUGAUGCCAUAGAGUGUGUGCGCUGCCCGCCAGAGUUCUGGUCCAAUGCUGAGAGGACGCUUUGUAUUCCCAAAGAGAUAGAGUUCCUCUCCUUUAGUGACACCAUGGGCAUCACCCUGAUGGCUAUUUCUCUCAUUGGUUCCUUCUGCACCUGUGUGGUGAUCUUCAUUUUCUCCUAUCACAGGACAACUCCUUCUCUGACCUUCAUUGGCCGGCCCUCUGAGUGGUCCUGCAUGCUGCGACACACAGCAUUCGGCAUCACCUUUGUCCUCUGUAUCUCUUGUGUUCUGGGGAAAACUAUAGUGGUGUUAAUGGCCUUCAGGGCUACACUUCCAGGCAGUAAUGUGAUGAAAUGGUUUGGGCCUAUGCAGCAAAAAGCAGUCAUUACCUUUUGUACACUUGUCCAGGUAAUCAUCUGUACAGUGUGGCUAGUUGUCUCACCCCCUAGUCCACGCCAGCUGAUGCCUCGUGAGACUGCUAUUGUCAUUCUCUUAUGUGAUGAAGGUUCAUCCAUUGCAUUUGCUUUGGUCCUGGGCUACAUUGGUCUGCUGGCUUGCAUUUGCCUUCUCUUGGCCUUCCUGGCAAGGAAACUUCCAGGCAACUUCAACGAGGCCAAACUCAUCACCUUCAGCAUGCUUAUUUUUUGUGCUGUGUGGGCAGCCUUUGUCCCUGCCUACAUGAGCUCUCCAGGGAAGUACACCAUGGUCACAGAGGUGUUUGCCAUCUUGGCCUCCAGUUAUGGACUGCUGGGCUGCAUCUUUGCACCAAAGUGCUACACAAUCUUACUGAUGCCCGAAAAAAACACUAGGAAACACUUGAUGUCCAAAGUUGCAGCCACUGACAGAUGUUAG